AUGGCGCCUUCUUCUACUGCUUAUCUUCACAUGGUAUUAGAGCGAUAUGCUCCUGGCCUGUGGGCCCCACCUCACUGCUUCCGCUGCUACUGCUACUCCCUGUCCGCCGCGCGCCCCGUGGUGCGCGGCGUCGAAAUUAGGGUUUUUCAGCCCGCCGUGCGCCCCGAGGCGCGCGGCGGUUUUCUGCCCGCCGUGCGCCCCGAGGCGCGCGGCGGUUUUCUGCCCGCCGUGCGCCCCGAGGCGCGCGACGUGUUUCUGCCCCGUCACUCGGCGCGUCGCCCCCAGGAGGCGCUACGACGGGCGACGGGGACCCGCGCGUCGCCCCCCGUCGCCCGUCGUGGCCUGCGCGCGGCCCGUACAACCGGCGCGCGGCCCGUACGGGCUGCGCCAGGCCUGCGCGCGGCCCGUACGGGCUGCGCCAGGCCCGCGCGCGGCUCGGGCCGCCUGCGCGCGGUUCGGGAGGCUGUGCCAGGCCCGUGGGCGGCCCGUUCUUCGCUGCCCCUGUCCUCCCCGCUGUCCCCCGUGCUUCUGAAGGCGCCCCACCCCUCCUUCUGCCCGUUCUCCUGGAUUAGGGUUUGGGGGUGGGGGGUAUGGGGGUGCAGCUUCUGUGUGCCGUUCCCUGCUCCUCCUCCUCCUCCGUCUCCCUGUGCUGCAGCUGCCGCUGAGGGGGGGUGGACCUCUUCAGCCGUCGCCUCCUAUCUCCUCUCCUCUCACUGUCCCUCCUCCUCCUCACUUGCCCGUUGUGACUACCACUAG